AUGAUGUGGUUCCUCUUCCUGUUUGGUCUGGCUCUGGCUGCUGAGCCUCCUUCAAAUGGACAGGAACUGAAGCUGCUGCGUGGCGGCUGCCCCUUGUUCUGGUUCAGCUUCGAGGGUCGCUGCUACAAGUACUUUGGCUCAAGAGUGACCUGGGGAGAAGCAGAGCUCCUGUGUGUGUCUGAAGGAGCCAACCUGGUUUCCAUCCACAGCCUAAAUGAACACAAUUUUGUCAAUUUUCUGAUCAAGAACUUUGAUCCUACUCAGUCAUGGACCUGGAUUGGACUCACUGACAUGCAUAAGGAAGGAGGGUGGAUAUGGUCCGAUGGGUCUAAAUACACAUUUUCCCUUUGGAAUUCUGGACAGCCUGACAAUGAUGGUGGAAAUGAACACUGUGUUCACACCAACUACGGAAACAAUUUUUACUUCAAUGAUCGUUUGUGCUUCACUCAGUUAGCUUUUGUCUGUGCAACUCGUACAGGUUGUCCCUAA